AUGUGUCAUUUACAGUUUUCCGGAUUGCGUCGGCCACUUCCACCAUUCGUUCAUCUGAUGACACUUCAACGAUGGCAUCGCCGAAGUCUUCUGCUUCGACUGGAGCACGUCUUCCAAAAUCAAGAAGACGCCGAUAACAGCAAACCGAUGAGUGUCGAACUGGAGGACCUGUUCACACAAUUCAAGGUGGUAAACAUGACAGAGUUGAUGCUGGCCGGAAAUCGGAACACUACUAAAGUCGCCUCUCAAAGACCCUAUCGAUAUCUUCGUGACUCGACGGUCAUACUUAAGCCGUCAGAAAUCCGUACCUUCAAGAUCGAUGUAAAAUGGUAUUGA